AUGCGGACUUUCGCCGAAUCCACUAAGGAGGUGCCCGCCUGGCAGAUGCAUCAGCAUCGUCCCAGUGCAACCCCGACAGAAGACAUUCGCCCUUCAUUGGACGGCAUAACCGCCCUCAGUCACACAGCGACAAUAACGACCACCGCAUGCUCUACGGUGGAUCUCACCCGGGCCUCACCACCGCUUCCGGAGGGCUGCACCUCCUCCUACCUCGCUGUAUUCGGGGCGUUUUUCGCGCUAUUCGGGACAUUUGGCCAGAUGAAUGCAUUCGGGACGUUUCAAGCGUGGUACGCGCAGCAUCAGCUCAGUCAUUUGGACGCCUCGACGAUAGCGUGGAUUGGCUCGCUGCAGCUCUGGGUAUUCUUUUUCUCGGGCGGACUCGUUGGGAAAAUCUUCGAUAUAUACGGACCACGAUGGCUGAUGGCUCGGGAUAGCACACUUGCGGCGGACACACACAUUCCCGGCACAUUCACGUUGCCAUCAAAUGUGUGUGUGCGCCGCAUAUGUAUAGUACUCCUGAUGGCUUCCGGAACGAUCCUCUACGUAUUCAGCAUCAUGAUGACGAGUCUCUCAACACGAUACUACCAGUAUUUAUUAGCUCAAGGGCUAUUAUUUGGGCUCGGAGUCGGCAUGCUUUUCUACCCGGCAUUAUCGAGUGUCGCAACUUAUUUCAGCCGGUAUCGAGCGACUGCACUAGGCAUCGCUGCGUCGGGCUCGAGUUUCGGCGGCUUCGCGUGGGGAGUGCGGAUACUAGUAUCGGGGCUUGUCAGCGCUUGCGGCGUUUUGUGCUGCAUUGCGCUAAUGACAGUGACGCGCUACACGCCACCGAGAAGCAAACAGUUCCACGUUGACGGUCUUCCCUACCGUAGAGGCGCGGCUGGGUCCGCCCUCGUCGCGCUGGGCUUAUUCAUCCCCUUCAUCUUCAUUGUUGACUAUGCCCACCCGAUCGAGUCCAUUCCCGCCCACACAGACUUUCUCGUCCUCGAAAUUCUGAACGCGGGCAGGGUCAUUGGCCGGGUCGCGCCGGCGUGUCUCUCCGACGUGAUCAGGCGCUUCAAUAUCCUCGGCCCCGCCGCGUUCCUUUGUGGACUUCUAUGUCUGGUUAUGGGGCUCUUCGCCGGCUCGUCGCUCGCGCUCCUCCUCGUCUUCGCUGCCUCCUACGGCUUCGCCAGCGGGACGUUCAUCUCGCUCAUCACGCCCUGUGUUGCUCAGAUCUCGGAGAUGCGGCAAAUUGGCUGCCGUAUCGGGCUGCUCUACAGUGCAAUUUCUGUCCCGGCUGUUGUCGGGCCGCCCAUUGCCGGGUUUCUCCUCCAUGCCGACGGGGGCACAUAUAAGGGGAUGAUCCUUUUCGCGGGCCUGACGGUCAUAUGCGGCUCGUUCUUGCUGCUGGCUGCACGCUGGAGGAUCAACCCGCGGCUGUGGGCGCGUGUGUAG